AUGGCUCUUUCCUCCUUUUUCAGCAGUCCGCCCUUGGUCUUUACAACAUCCAUCAUCCUCCGUGCCAUCUUCCUCAUCUAUGGACUCUGGCAAGAUGCAAAUUCUCCGAUGAAAUAUACGGAUAUCGACUAUUAUGUUUUCACCGAUGCUGCGCGAUACAUCUCACGCGGCCAAUCGCCUUACGCAAGAGACACGUAUCGUUAUACACCUCUCUUGGCAUGGCUCAUCUAUCCUACAGUCUGGUCUGGCCCAUUCUGGUUUUCUUUCGGGAAGAUUCUGUUCGCUAUUGGCGACGUAGCUGCCGGAUGGAUGAUGUUCCGCAUUUUGAAAGAGUACAAGAAGAUGGAUAAUGAGCGGGCUUUGAAAUUUGCUAGCAUAUGGCUGUUGAAUCCAAUGGUAGCUACCAUCAGUACGAGAGGAAGCUCCGAAGGACUACUUGGUGUCUUUGUGACGGCUCUAUUAUGGGCCGUAUUGGCGAAGCGCAUACCACUCGCUGGUUUCCUAUUGGGUUUUGCGGUACAUUUCAAGAUAUACCCAUUCAUCUACGCUGUUUCCAUUGUCUGGUUUCUCGACAACCCCAAGACCGGAACGCGCAAGUCAGCCGCUCUAGACACUACAUCCGAACAGAUCUGGUCCUUUCUGAACGCACAGAGAAUUUAUUUGGCCAUCUACAGUCUCGUCACCUUCGCGGCUCUGAACAUUGCCAUGUACGCCAUGUAUGGAUGGCCAUUCCUCGAACACAGCUAUUUCUACCAUUUGAUCCGUAGCGACCACCGCCACAACUUUUCGCCCUACAAUACACUUCUUUAUUAUAAUUCCUCGCCAGGGGACAAACCGGUUCACUAUCCUGCUCCGGAUCAACAAAGUGCGCCUUCAUUCGACCUACCGCGUUUGGCAUUUCUUCCGCAAUUACUCCUCAGCGCUGUAUUCAUCCCACUUGUACUAUCAAAGAAAGAUCUACCAAGCACGAUGCUAGCGCAGACUUUUGCGUUUGUCACUUUCAACAAAGUCUGCACAAGCCAGUACUUCCUCUGGUACAUGAUGUUCCUCCCCUACUACCUCCCCGACUCGACGCUUCUACAACCAACCUCAAUCGGCAUCACAGCGCUCGUCUUCUGGAUCGUCGGACAGGUAGCCUGGCUACAGCAAGGGUUCCAGCUGGAGUUCAAUGGCAUCUCCACCUUUCUACCAGGUCUGUGGUAUUCUAGUCUGUUCUUCUUUUUGGUCAAUACAGGUAUUCUGGGUGUCAUCAUUCAUGACACAAGAAUAAAACAGGCGCACAGGAUCGUUAUACAGAAGAAGGAACGAUAA